AUGUCGGCCUCACUUCUCCGCUCUUCGGCUGCCAGGACAGCUCUGCGCACUGGAGCUACGGCUCCUCGUUCUAGCAUGGCUGGUCUUGCUGGAACCAGCUUUGUGCGCACCAAAGUCACCCUUCCUGACCUUGCCUACGACUACGGUGCCCUAGAGCCCUCUAUCUCCGGCAAAAUCAUGGAAAUCCACCACAAGGGUCACCACAACGUGUAUGUGACCGGCUACAACACCAACAUCGAAAAGCUGCAAGAAGCGCAAGCCAAAAACGACAUUGCGGCGCAAAUCGCAUUGAAGCCACUGAUCAACUUCCACGGUGGUGGCCAUCUCAACCACUCUCUCUUCUGGGAGAACUUGGCGCCCAAGAGCGCCGGUGGUGGUGAACCUCCCUCUGGCACUUUGGCUAAGGCUAUCGAUGAGACUUAUGGUAGCUUUGGCGAGUUCCAGAGCAAGUUCAAUACUGCUCUGGCUGGUAUUCAGGGUAGCGGUUGGGCUUGGUUGGUUAAGGAUAAGGACACUGGUGAUAUCUCCGUCAAGGCCUAUGCUAACCAGGAUCCUGUCGUCGGCCAAUACACUCCUAUUCUCGGUGUUGAUGCGUGGGAGCACGCCUACUACCUCCAAUACCAGAACCGCAAGGCUGAGUACUUCAAGGCCAUCUGGGAGGUCCUCAACUGGAAGGCUGCCGAGAAGCGCUUUGGCGCUUAA